AUGGAGCAAUCAAAGACAGUAACAAAUGGUUCACCAGUUUCUGAAAUACACACCACCAUAGAAAUUUCUAGUCCCCAAAAAUUAGCAGAAAAGACUGCAGCCAAUGGUAACGUAACAGCACAAGGCGUUCCUGCAGGACCAGUUGCAGCAGAUGAUUCAAUACAGAGUUCACAGAAUUCCCAACAACCGCAGAAAUUGAGGGAAACAGGGAGUACGCGAACUUCUAUUGCAAUGGGGGAGUAUAACGGUGCAGAAUAUAUAGUUGUUAAUGAAGUUCCUUCUCCCAGGGUAAAUCACGGUAAAAAGAUAUCAGUUUUACCUCUGGUUUUCCUCAUAUUUUAUGAGGUAUCCGGGGGACCAUUUGGUGUUGAAGAUAGCGUGAACGCUGCAGGACCUCUUCUUGCUCUUCUCGGGUUUUUAGUAUUCCCAUUCAUAUGGAGUAUACCAGAAGCUUUAAUAACUGCUGAGAUGGGCACUAUGUUUCCCGAAAAUGGUGGGUAUGUAGUUUGGGUUUCAUCAGCUUUAGGACCCUAUUGGGGUUUUCAGCAGGGUUGGAUGAAAUGGCUAAGUGGGGUUAUCGACAAUGCCCUUUAUCCUGUCUUGUUUUUAGAUUAUCUGAAGUCGGGGAUACCUGCAUUAGGUGGCGGUCUUCCAAGGAUACUAGCCGUGUUGGCCUUGACGAUAGUCUUAACUUACAUGAACUAUAGGGGUUUAACCAUAGUGGGAUGGGUAGCUGUUCUACUUGGGAUUUUCUCGAUACUUCCUUUUGUGGUUAUGGGAUUCAUUUCAAUUCCGAAAAUAGAGCCUAAAAGAUGGUUAGUGGCGGAUGUUCACAAUGUGAACUGGAAUUUGUACCUGAAUACUCUAUUUUGGAAUCUGAAUUAUUGGGACUCAAUAAGUACACUAGCAGGAGAAGUAGAAAAUCCAAAGAAAACUCUGCCAAAAGCUCUGUUUUAUGCAUUGAUUCUAGUUGUUCUUGGGUAUUUCUUCCCUUUACUGACUGGUACUGGUGCUAUUCCACUGCAACAGAAUUUAUGGACUGAUGGUUAUUUCUCAGACGUCGCAAAAAUUGUGGGCGGAGUAUGGUUGAGAUGGUGGAUUCAGGGAGCUGCGGCAAUAUCGAAUAUGGGUAUGUUUGUGGCAGAGAUGAGCAGUGAUUCUUUUCAACUCCUCGGUAUGGCUGAACGAGGGAUGCUUCCCGAGUUCUUUGCCAAAAGGUCUCGUUAUGGAACUCCUCUUGUUGGGAUACUCUUCUCUGCUUCUGGUGUGGUUUUGCUUUCAUGGCUGAGCUUUCAAGAGGUAGUAGCUGCAGAGAACUUCCUGUAUUGCUUUGGAAUGAUAUUGGAAUUUAUAGCGUUUGUGCGGCUAAGAAUUAUAGCCCCUACCUCCCCUCGGCCUUACAAGAUACCAGUUGGAACAAUUGGAGCCAUUCUAAUGUGCAUUCCUCCAACCAUGUUAAUUUGUGUCGUAUUGUUCUUCUCGUCACUCAAAAUCUUGAUUAUAAGUCUAGUUGCUGUUGUGAUUGGACUUGCAAUGCAACCAUGUCUCAAGCAUAUUGAGAAGAAGAAAUGGCUUAGAUUCUCCACAAGUUCUGAUCUUCCCGAUAUACAUGCUGCUACUCGUGAGAAUGAUUCCUUAAUUGACUGA